AUAAGACUUAAACCUGGGAUUUGUUUCGUUGUGAGCAAGUCUCAACAUGCCCAGAGCAGGACAGACAACAUGCCCCAGCCAGACUACCGCAUGCAGUAUCUCAGGGAGGAGAUGGCAAAUGAUAUGUAUCCUGGACAGCCGUGUAGCAUGUUGACACCUCCGAUUUCUCCCGUACUGUCACAACCAUGUCGGACCACAUCCUACCCUUACCUAUCGCCAAUGGAGACAACUGGUGGAGAGGCUUCUACCAGCACAUCGGCACAGGGGGUUCUUGCUGGAUUCCAACAAGACAAUGCCUACCCCUUACCAGAAAAUAAUUGGCCAGUAUGUGAUUACUGGCCUCAUGGCCUAGACCCCCUAAGACUGCCCCAGGAACGAGGUUGCACAGAUGAAGAAAGAGGGCAGAGAGAUGUGCUUCCAUCAUGCAGCCUCACCACCAGGCCUCGGAUUACCAGCGUGCAACAUUCCUGUGUAUAUAACACAUUUAUGUAUGAGGUUGAUGAAGCUGAAGCUGAGGUUGUUGAAGCGGACGUCAGAACGAGUGCGUGUAGUUACUAUAGAUCUGAUGGCAUCCAGACAUACAGGGAGAACACGGUCAGUAACCGUCAGAUGGUGCAACACGUGUCAGUGAUCAGGCGACACGAGGACAUUCAAGAUGAAUCCCGCGAUCCUCUCAAUCUUCUCGAUAAACAUCAGAAAUAUCCAAAACAGGCAUUCGCAGGGCCAGCGGGAGACAUAGACUAUGCCCACGUUCAGGAACAAAGUUGCUUCAUUCAUGACAAUCGUGUCCCCUUGCCAGGAAUUGGUACUCUGUGUGGGGAAAGCACUUUCUGAAUCAGAUAUUGAGCUAUGGCUCAUUUGCUGGAACCGUGGCAGCAAUCUCCCUAGCUGAGGUUGAUUGUCUUCAUAUCAUACAAAACUUGAGCUACGUGGUGUGUACCUACUUGCAGGCUAUAAAAGUAAUAAAGUUUUUUUAUUGCAUGUUCUUAAUUUUUCGAUAUUUCGUACUUGUUUGAUGGCGGUAAAAGCAAACUUUUACCUGACAACAAGGCUGUGUUGAU